AUGCUUGCCACAUUUCUUCUCUUGCUUGCGCAAGGCCUCAUCCAGUACCCGCAGCAGGCUGGGGACGGGCUGGAUGAGGCCACACGGGAGCGCAUGCAGCAGCGUGCUGAGUAUCUGAACCAGCAGAUGGCUCAGCUGAUUCAGGAGAUGGAGCAGAAGAACCUGGAGCAGAGUGGUGGGGCCUGGGGAGCCCUGCUCCUCUGGCAGUUCUGGGCCAUGGCUGGAAUCCUUGUCCUUCUCUUGGCGCUGUGGUUUGGACUCGGGAAAAUUAGACGUGAUCCAAACAGUGGCCACAAGGAAAGGUCCAGCAGAAACUUGGUGCAGAAAGAAGUUCUGGCAGAAGCAGAAGAAGAAGGAAAACGUUGCAAAGAAAGAAAUAGCAAUGAUGCAGACGUGGAAGACAAUACAGAUGGAAAUGACGAAAGCAGCAAGGUUAGUGCUAAGGCAGAAAGCAAUGCUGAAAAAAGGGCAAUGAUGAUCCAAAGGAAGAAGGAAACCAUGAAAGAAAUAGAAAGCGACGAUGCAGGUGUGGAAGAAGAUAAUAAGGACAGAAACGAAGAAGGCAGCCAUAUUGCAGCCAAGGGAGACAGCAUUGCAGGAAAUGAAGCCAAAGGAGGCAAUGAUGAUGCAAAGGAAGAAGUAAACCAUGGUGAGAAGGGCGAGGAAACCAAUGCUGCCAGAAAUGAAGAAGACAAGCAUGACGCAAACGAAGAAGACACUGACCACAAUAUCAAAGGGAACCUUGGAGGCCUUUUAGAGGUGCACAUCCAGUUGCCUGUUCUGGAUCUGGACAAAGGUUGCUCGCUGAUAAUGGACCUGAUGGACAAACUCACACACGCCUUUGGACAAGGCUUGUCCAACUGUUUCUACCCAGUGCCACAACAAGCCAUCGAAGGCUGGAGUCCCCACACACAAGAUGUUGUGUACCAUGUGUUUGUACCCCUGAGUCCUCCUCCAGGACAUGCCUUCCACCUGGAGCUGGACACUGCAGGGACGCUCCAGAGGAACUUCUGUGUCUGUACGGAGCUGCUGUGCACUUGCACGAGGGAGCAGCUGGGGGAGGGCAUGCUAUGUUUCCUCCACCACUCUGAGGAGGAGCUGAUAAGGAAGCAGGAUCCCAGCCUCCUGCAAACCCUCUGCACUGGCUCCUAUCUGGAUGUGGAGAAAACUAUCCACUGGUUCUACAGAUUUGUGCGAGCAGCCUGGUUGCUUUUGCCUCAGUCCUGCCACUGGCAUUUAAUGUUGCAGCCUUGCAGUCGCUCCUGUAAAUUUCAGAUCAGCAAAGACAAGGAAAGCUUCAUGGUGGAGAUGGUGUUUGGAGUGCGGCAAGGAGACAGAUGUCUUUGUGGGCAGCAGCCUACAGAAGUAGGUAUCCCAAGCACAACAUGGCCCAAGACUUACACCGUGGCAGAGGCAAAAUUCUUCAUGCACAUUUCCAGGCAGGCCCCCCAGGACAGCUGGCACUGCAAGUGCCUGCAGUUCCUUACCCGCUUCCUGAUGGGUGUAGGAUUUUCCCACUGUGCCUUGAAGAUGGUGGUGAUGCACCUCCUGAACACUGUUUCCCUGACACGGAGACUGAUGGAUAUCCUGAAGUACCUCCACUGCUCACUGGAGACAAAACAACUUCACCACUUCAUCAUAGGCAGUGAGAGGUUUCCUAUGGAGAUCAGCUUGCCCUCCAGCUUCCGCGUGGCUGAACCACCCAACCUCUUUCAGCCCCCGGCGAGCAGUCCGAAUGCCUACAAGAAGGCCGUGCAGGAGUACAUUUGCCUGCUACAUUGCCUCAAACAACUGCUGAUCUACGGCCACUGA